UAUCAGACGCUUCCCUUCCACUUCAGCAACUGCGAUGGGGUCCGGCGCUGGACAUCACGCGCGGUCCGAUACAAAGGAUAGCCACGAUGGCGAAGCCAGUGGCAUCCCCUCCGUCUUCCGCAACUGGCUGGAAUGGGUCCAGAGCAGCAAGAAGAUUAUGGGCUUCAAGCCACAAGUCGACUUCCUGAAUCUUUGUGCUUCACCCAAUACAACCUUGUCCGCCUACGUCCGUGCCAUCAUCGACGAAGUCAUGCGGAGCCUGGAUGCGGAUCGUUGCUCCAUCUUCUUCGUGGAUGAGAUGCGGAAAGAGGUUUGGUGUGUGGGCUCUUUGGACAUGGAGCCCUUUUGCAUGGACUGGGACAAGGGCAUUGUGGGGAUGGUGGCCAAUGAGGGACAAGUCGUGAAUCUGCCAGAUGCCCACAGUCACCCAGCCUUUGAUGGUGAGAUCGAAAAGAAGACCGGCUACCGAGUGAAGGGCCUUUUGUCCUUGCCCGUCAAAAGUAGCAUCAACCUCGAACAGACCAUUGGAGUGAUCCAGGUGCUGAACAAGCGCACCACCAGCGGGAGCUUUUCAGAGCAGGAUGCCGUGGAGCUGCAGAAGAUCGCGAUGGUCAUCGGCGACUCCUUCUACCGCCAACGUUGGAAGGCAUUGGAGGCGGUCUUCGAGCCCAAAGACACGGAGGUCUCGGCCGUUUUGAACGAACACCGCGAGAGGUCCUCCUAUCCGUCCUACAGCAGCAGCGCACCUGGCAUGGCCACGCCACCAGAGAUUCUGCGCUCCUUAAGCCGUCAGCCGUUCCUGCGGGAGCACUCGCCUUUGCAGGUGGAAGACUUGAUGUCGCUGAAUUUCGACGUGUUAACUCAGAAGGAAAACUUCUUGGAAGAGCUUGUGCCUGAUAUUCUGAAGCAUGCAGGUUGUGAGGAGAAUUGUCGGAUCCCGGAGGCGAGCCUCGUGAAAUGGGCCGAGAAGGUCCACCAGGGCUACCGUGAUAACCCCUUCCACAACUUCUUCCAUGGUUUUGCGGUGUAUCAGAUGUGUUUCCACCAGCUGAGUCAGAUCGAUACCUUGUCGCAGCUGACCUCCACGGAGGGUUUUGGCCUCUUGGUGGCUGCCUUGUGCCACGACAUCGGCCAUCCAGGGCUCAACAACGGCUAUUUGAUCAGGACGCAGGACGACCUGGCGCUCCGCUACAACGACGUGUCGGUCCUCGAGAAUCACCACGCGUCAUUGGCCUGCACCAUCUUGCGGGACGGGGAGCCCAACAUUUGCAGCGGCCUCGACCGAGUGGAACAGGGAGUCUUCCGGAAGACCAUCAUCAAGUGCAUUCUGGCAACAGACAUGGCGCAUCACCAGGGCCUUUGUCAAAAGCUGAUCGGCUGCAACAGCGCAGAGGACUUCCAGUCCACCGUCUCGGCAGAUAGGCAGUUCUUGAUGAACAUCUGCGUGCAUGCAGCCGACCUCUCAGCACAGGUACUGCAAUGGGAGACGGCGCGCAAGUGGGAGGAUCGCAUUUGCCAAGAGUUCACGGCGCAAGCCGCCAAGGAGACUGAGCAAGGGCUGACUCCAGAGCCUUUCAUGCAGUUCAAGAUGGAGGACAUGAAGCAGCGCGGCAAGCUGCAGCGUGACUUCAUCGACUUUGUUUUGCGACCGCUUUGGGAACCCUUCAGUCAGUUGGAACCCCAGUUGCAUCCAUGCCUGACCAAUUUGAUCAAGAACCGGAAUCUCUACGAGCUGCGGCGGAUUUAUGGCAGUGACCAGCUGGACGAGAUGCCGGAGGACAUGGAUUUGAUUCUGCCGGCCACGACGCUCCGCUGAAGGUCGUGGGCCUCGAAUGGUGAAAUGAAGAGCCCCUGCUGCCCGGGCAUGUCACGGGCCCCAUGUUUUUUUGUGAGGGCUUGGGUGGGCUCCAUGCGUGAAAUCAUGAUUGCAUGUUGAC